AUGGCACUGACUAAUUGGACACACGACUUUCCUUCCACGUUCCUGCUGCAAGGCAUGGAGGCAUAUCAGGUGUGGUUCUCAGUGCCCGUGUGCACCAUCUACGUGGUAAUAGUUGCUGGGAACUGCAUCAUCCUCUUGGUGGUGGCCACAGAGCCGGCCCUCCACAGGCCCAUGUGCUACUUCCUCUGCAUGCUGGCUGCCGUGGACUUGGCAGCCUCCACCUCCACCUUGCCCAAGAUGCUCUGCAUCUUCUGGUUCCAGGCUGGGGAGAUCCAGGUCAGCGCCUGCCUGGCCCAGAUGUUCUUCAUCCAUGCCUUGUGCAUGAUGGAGUCAGCGGUACUGCUGGCCAUGGCGCUGGACCGUUAUGUGGCCAUCUGCUUCCCGCUGCGAUACAACUCUGUCUUCACUGGCCCCCUCGUUGCCAAGAUGGGCAUGGCUGGCAUCGUCAGGGGAACCCUGCUGAUGGCCCCUUGCCCUUUCCUUAUCAGAAGGUUGUCCUUUUGCCAGACGAACAUCAUUCACCACACGUACUGUGAGCACAUGGCCGUGGUGAAGCUGGCCUGUGGAGACACAAGCAUCAACCGGGCCUAUGGGUUGAGUGUGGCUCUCAUCGUCAUUGGCGGGGACCUCCUAUGCAUCGGCCUCUCCUACUUCUUCAUUGUCCGUGCGGUGCUGCACCUGUCUUCUCACGAGGCACGGCUCAAGGCCUUCGGCACCUGUGGCUCCCACCUCUGUGUCAUCUUGAUCUCUUACAGCCCUGCGCUCUUCUCCUUCUUCACCCACCGUUUCGGCCAUCACGUGGCUCCUCAAGUCCACAUCCUGCUGGCCAACCUCUACCUCCUUUUCCCUCCCAUGCUGAACCCCAUUGUGUAUGGAGUUAGGACCAAGGAGAUCAGGGAACGGAUCAAUGUUCGUCUCCUACAGCAGAUCCUCUGGGAUGAGGCCAUUGUGGCCAAGUUGGCCUGGCUCUGA